AUGACGACAGAUAUGAGAGCCAAGAUUUCCCGCGUCCUUCGAUCCGUUUUGCAUCCGUUUCAGUUCAGAAAAACUACCAACGCUAAAGGCAAAGAGAACGACUCCAUUGAAGCAGCAUUUCCUCUGCUUCCACCGGAACGGCCACGCCCUCUUACCCCGGCCACAUCUCAAGACUCAAAAGGCAAUCCGCAUAUGUUCUCGAACCUAUCAAGUCUCAUCUUCACACGUUUGCUUCCCGAGCUGCGCCGGCUCGUGCUAGUUGAAAUCUUUGGAGAGCGAACACUACACUUGGAUCUAAGGCUCACCCACCCACUCGUUGGUCACGCCCACGAUAAACCUAGCCGUGGAGACGACGAACAUGACCAUGGAAGAGCACCACUGAGCUGGUACGCUGCCAGAGAUUACACCGCACCAAAGGUCUGGAGGUGGUGGAGCUCCGUAUGCCACCGGUCAUUGCCAUUUGCCGACUUAACAAAGGGCCGCCGUGGAUAUCGGUAUCCCAUGGACGAUACGUGCAUGCGUGGUGAUGCGGGAUGUUGCCAUCUCUGGUCACUUGAUGCAUCGACAGGCGUCUGCUCUGGAUGUGCGAUUAACGCUAUGGGAUGGUUACUGACUUGCCGGCAGGCUUAUGUGGAAGGUAUCAAUGUGCUUUACUCUACAAACACAUUUUUCAUUGCGAGUCAGGCCGUCUUAGAUGCCUUGUUCUGCCCCGGUCCUCGAACUCGUCACUUAAUCCUUCCAGAGCGCCUUGCCACUAUCACAUCUCUCGAGCUAACCUGGGACCUUCUGCUUUUCGGUCGACUUCCAAGUUCAAGCCGAAACCUCCAGCGCGACCUUGAAUCAGACCGUCGCCGGGCUGCUGAUCGACAGAAGAUGGCUUCUCACCUUUCUCGAAUUGGCGACGCCUGCCCUAAUUUGCGUAGCUUGGUUCUCACUUUUACUGGCGCUCUUUAUCUCGAUUGGUCUGUACAACCCCGACUUGCGUUGGAAGAGAUUAACCGUUUGCUCCUCCAGCCCAUCGCCGAGGCGGUGGUGCGUCUCCCGCGGCCACAGAAACGGCCUGUGGUUGUUGAGCUUCCCUACAACGUGUUUGUCGAUAUCCGCAGAGCGGCGCGCCAAGGGGAAAUAGCGUUGGAAGCGCCAAUGGAGGAUGGGCGCUAUACCGUUUGGCUACGUUGUCCUUUAUCACCAAAGGGCGACGAAACAAUACCUAGUGGUGAGCAAAGCUCGUGUGCUGGCUUUGCAUCUAAUCCAAGAGACUGGCAGGAUGAAGGCGAUGACCGUUAUACCUACUAUUUGAUCAAGGAAGGUGUUGACAGUAAUCUUUUCUGGGAUUACUUGGGCGUUCCGCAUCUAAGAUCACAUAUUCCGGCGGAUGGGUUUAUCAUUAUGUAA